AUGGAAGGGUGGGUUCUUAGCGGAACUCCCAGGCUGUGGGUCUGUGCCUUCGUGCAAGGGUCGCAGCAUUAUGGAGGAUCCCGGCUGAUCCCCCGCAAAAGCGGGCGGAGUUUCCUCCUCUGCUUAUUGUUCGCGGCCCAGCGCCCGCCCAGCCGCCGCCCCGCCCGCCCCGCCGCCGCUGUGGGCGAGCUCCUGGGGGAGGGGGCGGAGGCCAGCGCGGACGGGACGGGGCGGGAGUCGUCGCUGCAGCGCGCGCAGGGCCGCAGCCGCUCAGACACCGCCCGGGCCGCAGCCACCUUCGCUUCUGGCUCCUGGCUCCGCGCCCCAGCCCAGAUCUGCGGCAGGCAGGAGGGACCGCCGGAACGCGACUCGGGAGUUCGCGGCUGUCGCCAGGCCUCCCCGAGCGGCGCCGACGCUCCGGCCACCCAGACGAGCGACCCUGCGCCAGCACCGCAGCCACCUGCUCCGAGUCCCGGGGCGAGGACAACCAUGGGCCCCACUCUGGCGCUCUCCCCGCUGCUGCUGCUGCUGCUGCUGCUGCCGCCGUCUCUCUGUGAGACUACUACUGCAGCUGCGACUGGCACAUCUGCUACGACCAAAACUGCAAGCAACACAGCAGAUUCUCCUACCGUCCCGAGCAACCAAGACCCUCCAGCCGCAGAGAGCAGCACAGCCUUGACAAAAACCACUGGUGGCCCAGUGACAACUACGCUUUCUCCAGCCCAGCCAGCCACUACAUCACCCAAAGGGGUAGCCGCCCCAAGCCAAUCUCCAACACUUGCCUCUACGUCGCCCACAGGCUCCAGUGGUAACCAGAGUGGUGACAGCAGUACCACGCCUCCCAGUGGCUCCCAGGAUGUCAAGACGAACACAAUAACACCAGCCGGUAGCACCAGCCCCACUGGUAACGACGGACAUCCAGUCUCCCCUGGAGGCAAGAACGACAGUGUUACCACAGCCCCAGCAGCCGCCCAGGGGAGCGGCCAUCUAACCACCAAAGCUUCCUUCCAGCCUCCCAGCCCCUUAACUACCUCAAAGGCUCCUCCUGCCUCUGCAACAAACAGCACAGCAAGCUCUCACCAGCCUCUAGCUACUCCUUCACAUACCACAGAGAGCCCUUCUACCGUUGUUUCCAACAGUUCUGACUCCGUGUCCAGCUCCAACUUCUCCGUGUCCCCAGGGAAACCUACCACAAACACAUCGCCGGGCACCUCCAAAGGGACUCCUCCUCCCGUCACCAGCCAGACGCCCGGCUUCUCUACCCUGCCUUUAUCCACACCACGGCAGACUACAGGGUCUCCGGUGGGAACAGAGAUCACGCCUACUACCCAGGCGUUCACACACUCCAGCUCUAAUUGGACUCCAACAGCCCCUCAAGGGCGCAGCACACCCUCCCCCAUCUGGACUCGUAGGGAUUACAAGCUACAAUGUGAUGCCGCCAUAACGCCCAGUGAGGAACUACUCAUCCUGAACCUCACAGGAGCCAGCCUUUGUGAAGGGGGCCCCCCGGAUGAGAAGCUCGUGGAACUGCUGUGCCAUUCAGUGAAAGCCUCCUUCAAGCCCGCUCAAGACCAGUGCACUCUACAGGUGGCCCCUGUUCUGGAGAGUCGGGCGGUGGCCGUGAAGAGAGUCAUUAUCGAGACGAAGCUUUCUCCUGAAGUCGUGUUUGAGCGUUUGAAGGACAAAUGGGAUGACCUGAGAGAGGCGGGGGUCAGUGACAUGAUGCUGGGGCGGGAAGGACCACCAGAAGCCAACGAGGACCGCUUCAGCCUGCCACUCAUUAUCACCAUCGUCUGCAUGGCUUCCUUCCUGCUCCUCGUCGCCGCCCUCUAUGGCUGCUGCCACCAGCGCGUCUCCCAGAGGAAGGACCAGCAACGACUCACUGAGGAGCUGCAGACAGUGGAGAAUGGUUACCAUGACAACCCAACCUUGGAAGUGAUGGAGACUCCUUCGGAGAUGCAGGAGAAAAAGGCGGUCAACCUUAACGGGGAGCUGGGGGACAGCUGGAUCGUACCUCUGGACAACCUGACCAAGGAUGACCUGGACGAGGAGGAAGACACACAUCUCUGAGGCGGCCAGCCACCCGACAGCACGACAGAGCUCCAGACCACCCAAAGUGCCAUUUGGACAGCGGGGAAGCUUCCCACUGGAGGAGGAAGAGACUGGGGCGGGAGAGCGGACUCCGAGGGCUGCCCCCUCCCGGUCCCCGAAGGGCCUUAAUUUUCCCUUUUCAAGUUCCACAAGUCACACUCUCUGUCCAGUUUCCUCAUGUAUAAUAACCCACUUGUGCCUGAGCCCAGAGCCACUGGAGGACGAGAGGAAGAUGGAGAAAGAGCCACGGAAGGGGCUUUGGAGAGAGAGCCAUGCUCUCCUCUAGUAAGUGACAGAGACCUUGGGGUCAAGUGACAUUUGUUUUCCCUCGGUCUGGUGCUUAGCUGCACCAGACCACACCACUGUGUUCCUUCUGCCCCUCCUCAAGGCUGUUCUGGGCAGGAAGGAUACUUGCAGGUGGACCAACGAGAAAGAAAAACCGGUCCCAACUGUCUCAAGGACAGGUCCCAAGUUUCCAUCCCCUAUAACAUGGCUCCGCCAGCUUGUACCCCACCUCCCAUGAUUCCGUCUUUUGGUCCACCAUUUCCCAGGGCACGACUUCGAACCUCCUGUGGUAGAUUCUGAUUUCCUUGCCUCUGCUUAGUGGGAUUGAGACUUAACCCACACAGGCCUCGCUCCCCAAUGGAGGUCUGCCGCAGGGGUGGGUAGGCAGGCAGAGAGAAAGGGGGUUCACGCGCAGAUGGCUUCCUCACGGCAGCUGAUGCCAUACUGACACGGGCCCAUCCCCCAAGGCACUCCUAGAAAAUACUCCCCCGAUGUCCUCUGGCCUUCUGCUCCCUCUAGCAACAAUCUGCAGUAGCUACUGAAAGCAAGAUGUUCCCCUUCUCUUGUUCACUGCCCCACUGAGGGAGGGGAUGACUCCUCGAAACCCAGUGUCCUAGAGCAAUUGUCUAGGGACAGGCCUGUCCUGGCACCCUGACUGGUCCCUGACAAAUGUGUCUCAGUAGACAAUCAACCGAAACUACCAGGCAUCCUUGUUGUGAGAAUUGUGUGGUGUGCGUUUGUUUAGUCCAGCUCCCCACUACCAGAGGCCAAAGCUCCGCUCGAACACGGGCGAUGCUGUUAGCCUCUUUCACUAGUUUUCACCCUCCUUUGCCGUGGAGAAAGGCAGGCCCAGAGCAUGUAGUUAAGGUGCCUCCAGCCACAAUCCCAGCGUGGAGCCAGGCUCUUGUUUCCCGUGUUCGUAGCGGCACCCCAGCUGUCGAGUUUCCGGUGGCAUUUCAGGGAAACACAAAGCCACUUGGCCUAGUACCUGGCACAGGAGUUUUACAGGCUCAGCAAUCGAGCGGCCAUGUGGAAGGCUGCUGAGGGCUGGAACGGCAAGGUUUCACCUGGUGUUCUGAGAAGGGGGAGCCUGUGGGGAGCUUUGAACAUGGUUUCACCUGGUGUUCUGAGAAGGGGGAGCCUGUGGGGAGCUUUGAACAUGGUCUGUUUGGUUCUUGGGCAUAAAUUCCUGGGACCCAUUCUCUGCUCCGGAGUAGCUUGUUUUUAAAAGACAGCGGGGGGGGGGGGCGGGGAGGAUGGAUGACAGGUGUCCUCUGCCUAAAUCCACCUUUACAGCCAUCACCCUGUGACACUCCCUGGGCAGCAAAGGCCGUCAGAAAUCAAGGCAGGCUCUCAGUGUGAGCUUGGCAGCAGCUGGACGGAUGCUAACAGGAGGCCCACAGCCCCGCGUGGCUGCUUCUCUCAGACUGCAGGGGAUGGCAGAGAGCAGUGCCAGGGAAAUUAGGUCGGCUUGCUCCCUCCUGCAGUGGGUCUGCUCUACCAUAGCCUGUGUGAGACUACUUCAGUGUCACAGUCACUGGGACAACGGCAUUUGACAGAGAGCAAAUUCUAUUUCUGCAAAAUGGUCACAGGUUGCAACCCCACAGCCCCUCAGAGAUGACUGCAAGAUUACAUAAAGGGUACCUGGGCUGGAGGAAUCACCAUGGCUCUGUAGGGUAGUCCUUGGAAGCUCUCACUAGGCUGGUCCAGAACUCCCUGUGCUCCCAAGUGUUGCCUUUUAGGACUGGUAUCAGGCCCCAGCUUGUUCUUACUGCUGGGACAUCAAACAGGACACACGGCUAGCAUCUAUAACAGUCGUCUUGCUUUGUUUUCACUGGGUUUUUAGAGCUGUUUGUAACUCAGAGUCUCUGGCUGAGAAGAGGAGGAGGAAGGGUUCUCAGCAAGACUUUUUAAACCAGCCGUACCAAAGAGAAAUCAGAACUCUAUUUCCGUGGCAGAUGGUUUUCCUCGCUGCAAACCCAAGGGCCUGAUGAUUGCGACUGAACAAAUCCAGCAGCUGCUGUGCUGCUGUUGCUGCUGCUUGAGUGGAGAAAGGAGAGACAGCUAAGCAAUCUGUAUCUCAGGGCAGGAUCCAGGCUCAUCUGGGAGACUCAGGCUUCUAACCUUCAUCAGAGAAAGCUAGCGGGCGUUUUGAGCUUUAUCAGGUUUGGCCCCCUUUAGGACAAUAUACUACUGUUGAAACUUUGAAUAUACUACUGUUGAAACUUUGAAGCGUUAAGUUGAAGUUGACAAGGUGUAUGCAUAUUUUUGACACUGUAAAUACAAGGGCCAUGAGUUUGUUUCCCCUGUACUACUUUCAGAGAGUAAAAUUUGGGAAAGCGUUUGAUAGCUAAGAGACAGCUAAGUGGUGUUUCUCUCCACAAGAAUGUAAAUGUCUUUUUAGUAGACACGACUUUUCAAAAAAGAGAACUAUAACAAAACAGGUUGGUAACAAAAAAAGUAUUUACUUUGUAGACAGGGCAUUUUAAAUUUUUAAAUAUGAUCCUUGCUCCUCCCCAGCCAAGUCUUAAUCCUACUUCAGUAUGGGCUGGAGUUCAGAAUGUGUUCAUCGGGUUGAUGGUCACAGGGAAAGGGUUUGGAAGAUACAGUUCAACCUUCCUACAGGAAAACACAUCCCAAGCCACAAAGCCAAUGGGUCAAAACCAACCAGGGACAGAGACAGGGUUAAAACGGAGCCCCAGACUGCCCACCCUGGCUUUGUGUUCCUCGAGAACAGGGAUUAGAGAGUGCAACUCACAGGUUCAAGGCCAACACAGGACACCACCGAUGCUUCUCCACACUUAGCCUGGCAGUGCUGGAAAGGACACAAGGGACACCCAGCCAUGCUGCUGGGCUCUGGAAUCAUUUGGGUCUGAGAUGUAAAUAAACGUUGUUUGGGGGGAGGGCGUUGUUUUUUCCUCCCUAACUAUUUUGAAAACUCUCACUGAGGAAUGUCCAAUAGGACAGGGGUUAAAGGGACUACUGCAGAGCAAGGCGGAGAGGGCAGGGGACCCCUGUAGUGGGGCUUUUGCCACUGUCACCUGCUUGUUCCCUCAGGUCUGCAGGAUCACCACCUCUCAUGGGGCCUUUUUGUUUCUUGGUGAAUGUCAACCAGCUUACCCAGGAGACUGGGGGAGCCUGUGCUAGUGGACAGGGGUCUGAAGUACACUGGAAUUUAUUGAGAAACUUGUUUGUAAAGACUAUAGUUAACUAUUGCAUUUUCUUAUAAAAUAUAUUUUGGAAAACUGUACACUGUCAAUUAAAAGGCUUUUGUGUAA